CUAUUAGCAUAUAGUAAUUUUUCCUCCUUUCGUAUAGUAUUCCAACGUCGAAGAAGUCGGGCUAAAGAAGCGCGGGCGACUAUAUGAAUGCUUAGAGACAGCUGAGAAUAAGGUAACUCUGAUGAAUGACCCCAACUCGAUUAUGCCAAAUUUUGUAGAUCUCUUCGGGUUCUGUUUUCAGUAAAUGCCGUCACAACAUAUUAAGCAGAGUUAGACAUGAAUGUUCAUGUAUGAAAAGGCAGGAUUUCAGCUAUGGAUUCUACAGGUUGAUCAGCAAACAGCAAACAGCAAACAGUAAUGAAAAAACAGCAAACAGUAAUAAAAAAGUACCGACGUUUUGGCUGAGAACUUUAGGCUAAGGAGCUACUUUACAAAAUCCGCUAUGCCAUUAUUUAUCAGCCAAUGAUGUUUGUUCAUGUAACCGUUGAUUGCUUCUAAAAUCGGAGGUGUUAAUUCGCUUCAUUUGAAUUACAAGAAAGUCGAACUCUAAUUUAUUGUUAAACAUUUCCUGAUGGCAAGUAUUCAACAGUAACUUCUCGGAAGAACGCGGAAAGAGCCACAAUUCUGGAUCCAUCUUCAGAUCAGACGCUUCAGCUUGAUAGCGACAGUUAUGCAAAAUCUGGUUCUGUUUUACAAUGCUUAAAGUUUUCGUUUUAAGCAAGCAGAGAAAAUGCAGGUUCAUGGUAGUGAUUAAAUAAUGCCUUCCAGCUGAGGAACAGAAUCAGUACGUUAUGUCUGGUACUAUUUAAUUAUAACUGGCAUUCACUGAUCAGGCUUCACAGGAGAAUAUGCUUUUUAAAAUUAUCUAAAAAAAUCACUUGUGUGAAGUCAUUAUCCCUCUAGCCAUAUAUUACUAUGAAUAUGUUUCUGACUGACAACAUCAACCACCGUCUCCACGAUAAAAAUUAAAACACGCAGUUUUUCUAUACAGUUAAUUAUUAAGGAAAGCGAAUUGGUUAGCCAAUAGUUCCAGCUCAAAAAGUGUGAUCCAAAUCAAAUUAAACGCUCCUAUAGACAUUGAUAUGCUUGAAAAACUAUUUUUAUUUUCAUUAUUAAAAUUAGAGGGCAUUGUUUUGGCGUAUCGUGAUGAUUUCUUUUUCUUUCUAUAUCUAUAGCAAUUGACUUAUUAUUUCAGUAAACAUUGAUUGCUGCUAAAAUAAGAGGUAUUAAUUCGCUUCAUUUGAAUUACGCGAAAUUCGAACUCUUAUUUCUUGUUAAACAUUGACUGAUUGCAACUAUUCAACAGUAACCUCUCUUCUGAAAAGCGGUGUACUGAAGAACUAGGAAAGAGCCACCAUUCUGGAUACAUCUAUAGAUCAGACACUUGAUAACGACAGUUAUGCAAAAUUUGGUUCGAUUUUAUCAUGCUCAAAGUUUUCGUGUACGUUAAGCAAGCAGAGAAAAUGCAGGUUCAUAGUGGCAAGUAAAUAAUGCCAUCCAGUUGUUAUCGGAAAAAAGAACUAACUUGAGGGCAGAAUUAGUUCAAUCAAUUGUUUAAUGUUAAGUAACACUUUCUUGGCUUCGGAAAACAAAAUUUCAUGCAAUUGGCCAACCAAUAGAGUUAUCAGAUUUAUUACACAUGUAUAAUUUUCUGACAGAAAAAGCUUUUAAUUUUCUUACCUUUUUUUUGAUGACUGCGUGCAGAGCCCCUUGCGCAUCUUUGAUUAUAUUUAAGCCCUUGACGACUGCUUUGGUUGUUUUCGUUCCAUAUGGAACGAUGCAUAUUUUCUUUCGUGGACCCAUUUAGCUUUCAGUUUAAGUUAAUAAAUUGAUAAGCAGCAACGUCAGCAAAUAUAGAUCUUCCCAGCGAUACCUCGUUUUGGAUAUUCUGACCAAUCCUUACAGAGUUACGCUCACAAAAAAGGUAACAUUUUGGGGAUAAAUCCACUGCCAGUUUCACUGUUUACCUACUACUCUUUGAAGAUUAAAUUUGUCCCUUUCCUAAUAACUUGGCCAGCUGCAAUUCCAUACAAAAAAAAAGACGAUAAAGUGCGCAACAAAAGAAAGAGAGAAAGAAAGGUCGAAACAGAUUGGCAAAGAAAGUCCAAAUUUUGGCUUGUGCGCAUGUGUGAAAAACAGAAAAGCUGUUUAAUUUCGUCCGAUUAUUCGGAAAAUAUGCCCUUUUUUGUUGCAAACCCAUAUGCAUUUUUAGCCAUUCUUAUGCUAAUUAGCCUAAAACCAGUCCAAAGAAACGGAAUUGGUGAAAAAUGCGUUUUUUCGCUACUCGCCGGCCGUCACCAAAGUGUUGGCGUUUGGUUAUCCCUCCCCUAACCCAACAUUGAGUAAGGUAAGGGAUAGUAGUUGGGCAGUUUCCCAGUAACCUAAAUUGAUCCGAUAAUUCUCGGUACUGAACUACUUUCUAAUUAAAGCUCUGAGUUCUGAGGAUCAUGUAAGUAAGGGUUAUCGAAAAGAAGAUUUGCAUAGUAUAUAUAGAAAAGGAAGUAACUAUAAAUCGAUCGAAUAGCAUUGGCCGUCACUAUGAAGAUGUGUGUGCAGGGAGCAUUUUUUCAAAUUCACUCGUAAAGUAACAUUUUCAUUUUGCUGAUCAUAAGCUUUUUCUGUGUUUCAGACUGAGUGGUCUUAAUUUCCGUCAAAGGUGCCCACUUGAUUUCCUGGCAGAAGCGUGAAUCAUUUUCCUCAUCUGCAACAUCACUGCAUCAGUUUUUGUUAAGAUUUAACAUGGCUUCACGAGAGCCUGGACAUUAUUGGUGGACCACAGCAGAAAAAUCAGUCUUGGCGGCGACGCUUGGGAUUGUCAUCGUCUUCGGAAUCUGUGGAAAUGUCCUUGUAAUAGUCGCAAUCGUUCGAUUCAAACGUCUUCGGCGAUCCGUGAACAGCUACUUGAUCUUAAAUCUGGCGAUUGCCGACUUUUUGACAGCAUUCCUUCUUAUGCCUUAUCACUUAGCUACCGUGUUGGACCUUAGUAUCAUUUCUGGAAAUGGCAUGCUUUGCAAAAUCGGUGGAAUAUUGUCGUAUCCGUUCUACAUAUGUUCGACUGUGACCCUUGUCAUGCUUGCUAUUGAAAGACACAUCGCCGUUAGUGAUCCCCUACGGUAUUUAAGUCGCGUUACAAUUCGGACUAUACUUAUCAUGAUAUGCUUGGCUUGGUCUCAGGCUAUAUUCUUCAGUCUACUGUUUUUAAUUUUGGGCAAUAUCAAGUUUUCUGUCGUAAGCUUGGAUUGUGGAGUGGCCUGGGAAGGCACACCGCUUUGGCUCAGUGUGGUUGCAGUGAUUAUGAACAUCGCUUUACCAUUUAUUCUUCUGUUGAUUAUGAGCUUGCGAGUAAUGGUUAUAGCCAGGAGACAUAAAAUGAGAAUAGCGACACAAACAUCUUGUGUUACCCGGAAGCAAAGAAAAAAGAGCGUCUUUUCAGGUACGUGUACAAAAGGCUAUAACUGUAGCUUUCCUUCAUCGCUGUUUGGCAUUCACGGUACAGUAAGCUCGCUCAGCCUCUUGCUGAGGUAUUAGUAAUAAGAAUUAAUCAAUGUUAAGUGGAUAGUUAUUAUGUAUAUGGGUUAUUAAGACUUCUCUUUCGUUGAAAGAAUUUUGCAAUAUCAAAUUUAAUGCUUCUGAGAGAAGAUUUUGGUCUCGAACCUCGGUCUUCUCUAGCCUGCCCUGAAGACCGUCUAUCGAAUUCUCUAUAGGUCCUGAGUAACAAGCCCGGCUGAAACGCAGGCUUAGCUCUUCUCGUGAGAUUAGCAUUGCAUUAGCAAAAUUGUGUGACAAUCGGUUUUCACUAGAUACCAGAAGGGGGAGUCACGAGUUCAUGCCAAGAGCGCAAAAUGUUGUUUAACAAUACCAAAGCCAGAUUAAAAGCAUCAAAAUAUUUGAUUGGUAAGCGUUAGAAAAGCAGAUUAGCUGUAAAAAUCAAAACGUUUCUCGGAUGGAAAGUGUUACUGAUCAUGAAUGUAGUUGGUUGGUUAAUGAUCACCCCGGAAUCCGGGACAUAUGCCGUCGAUGGUUGACUUCACCUAAAAAUUCGGGAAAUUUCUCGCGUUGAAGGUCAUUUUUUUCUUUUGCUGUACCUUUCAUAAUGUUUUAUUUACUUAACCAUAUCUCUUCAUACAAGUUCAGUCGCAGUUCCCUAAAAAUAUCUGUAGAAUCACUUCCAACGCCAGCACCAAUAAGGUGUUUGCUUAAGGGAAGUUGAACUGUAUACUGAUUCAUACCUGUCAUUGGGUGCAUCUCAUCACGGGCCGUAUGUUAACUAUGAUUGGUAUUUUCAUAAUGAAGCAUAAACUGAGGAAGGUACACAAGAAGGAUAAGGGAAGGAGGGCCGGGGAUAAGAGGGAGCCAUCUGCUUCUCCUUGAACCAUAGUUUGGGUUUGAUGAUUAUCAUGAGGUUAAUACUUUGUGAUUGUAUUUCAGGUAUGGAAGUUAAAGCAACUGUCACCAUAUUGGUGGUAAUUUUUGUUUUUUUAAUCCUCUGGAUUCCGUUCCUAAUCACACGUGGACUCCUCGUAUUUAACCGGACUGAAAUUCAGCCCAUCGUUACUACAUCAUUUGUAUGGCUUCUUCAUUUGAACUCAGUGGUGAACGUUGUUAUCUACUCACUGCGCAGGUCCGAUUACAGGAGAGCAUUUGUGGCUGUGCUUCACUGCAGGUCAUUAUCACGAUCAAAUGAUUGGCAACAUUCAAUGACUGUCAGGACACAUAAUCAAAGUGUAACUGUUCGAAAUUCUGACGCUGAAAGUGUAUCUGACCUGAACAGUCCUAAAACCCUUGCUUUCACGACACCAAAUGUUGCUGGGAAAAAUAUAAACGAUGUUGGAGUUUAGCUUUAAUUUGCGAAAAAAAAAAAUCAAUCUUUAUCGACGAGUGUUUUCCUUUUUACACCAUUAGUCAAACAUCAAGAAAGAUAAAUUGCCCAUCAAAGGCUUGCUUGCGUGAUUUCUAGGAAUUUAUAGAUGUGAUACUUUGAUAGCUCACGCAGUCUAACGCCUCUGGAUAAUAUGAGGAAUAGUAACUUGCCUAGCUAAUUGGUAUUAGUUAACCGUGGAAUCAGCGAAACGUGACCAAAAAAAAUCAUUGCUUUAGCUUUGAAUCAGGUUAUGAUUCAAAAUCGAUUACUUCGCUUGAUCAUAAACAUGUCAAGGAGUACCUAGAUUUUGCAAAGUACAUAGAAAUGUUUUUCUUAAAAAAGAACAAGGCUUAGAGCUACUUCAAAUUGUUUUCAAAAGGUUUAAAAGAAGGGGAUAAUUUGGAACCAAAUCAAACUUUGAUGCCACGUCAGCACAUGUCAAUUUGAUGGUUCUACGAAAUCUGCAGACUUAUUGGCACAAAACAGAACCCAAACAACAGGUUAUUAAUCUAAACCCACGCGGGGUGUUAAGAAAAUAUGGGAAAACCUAGUUUGUACAUCACUAUAA